UCACGCGGAGGCCGGAAUCCGAGGCUCUGGAAAAUAAACGCUUGUUAUUCUCAGUGCCCAGGCAGUUUGAGACGGACAGCCUGUUAAAAUGUGUCACAAGUGCUUGAAGACGGAGUGUCCGCAGAGGGAUCGCAUCGUUCUUGAAAGUGGUACUUUCAUGCUGAAUCUGCGCUGUUGCUCUGAGUGUGGGGUCCGGGACAUCAAGAACACGGAGAAGCACGAGGAAGAGGAUGAGGAGGGUACCGAGAUCGUCACGUUUUCACACACGUGUUCAGCCUGUCGUCACCUGAUCGCGGUGCACCGCCACACGUUCAGUGUGGAAGAGGGCUACCAGGAGUACGCCAUGGAGUGCAGUCUCUGCGGCAGCGGUCAGGACUCGCACAGCGUCCUGCCGGACGAUCCCCGACACAGCCUGCAGACGGAGCUGCUGUAGCCGGCGACGAACCGCUGGUGUGAAGUUGCUGCAGCGGGUGUAGCGGACGCUUGUGCAGCGGGCGCUGGUUCAGCGGGUGUUGGUGCAGCGGCCCACCCGGAAUGCCGAUGAUUAAACGCGUUUGUAUUAAUAUCAUGUGAUGUGGAGUGAGACAGAGUGGACAGCCUGGACAUGAGUGGACUGGCCUGGCCUGACCAGGCUUGGACAGCGCGGUUGGCUGGGAUGGGAUGCUUCUGCCAGUGCGUGUGGUGCAUGUUGACUGAGAGGUGAACAGAAUGCGCCAUGGCAGGUGGUGCGCAGCACGCUCUUGAGCCGUGACGUGAAGCACGCUCAUGCUGCGAAUUGUGAACCGAUGGUGCCGGUUAUGAGCGCCUGAUCUUCCGUCGAAAAACGGUGCGGGGCUUUGUUGAGGAGCCUAGGAUUGACCAGUGCUUGUGUCGCGAACGCUGCUUCCCCAACACUUACAUUCAAGAAGCAUGUACGUGCUCGGAGACUAUGUAUGCCUUGACGUCCCGCUCGCGUGCUAACGUGGAGUCAGGUCCCGAUACGCUUCUCCUCCGCGUUCAGAGGGCAUGCGUAACAAGCACUCCUGACCUGACCUGACCAUCUAUGAACCGUUUUGCUUUCGGAAAAAAGUGGAAAGGUCUGUGUCGAUUCACUCAUUUUGACCUGUGGGCGAAUGGUACCCAACGUACAACGCAGAUAUCGUGCACUAUUUUCUUCUCGGUUAAAAGCGGUAGCCCGCAUCAACCAGUGUGUGCCUGCAUCGGAAUUCCGUUGAACGUGCAGACGCGUAUGCUUCUUAUCACAAACCCUCAGGUACCGCUCCCGGUGUUUAUAUCGGGCAUCAAU